AUGUCGGGCGUGGCGCCGCACCGCCGCUUUGUCUCGGUAGAGCUUCCGUUUUGCCUCCCUGUAACUACAACAAGGUCUCCCAGCUCGCACGGCGGCGGGCUACGAGAAGAAGACCGUCGAAUGGUGGAGGCCUUUGUCCCGCCGUCGUUUUUGCGCCCCGCUCUUGAUGAGGUCUCCCCCAGCGUGGGGGAGGGAGCAGCAGAGGAUCAGGCGGAGACACCCACACAAGGUGUGGAAAGUGGGAAGAAACUGCACAAGCACAUUGCAGGGAUAGCGCUAGCAUCGGAAUACUGCACUGGUGAGGUCUUUUCCGGCUGGCGCCCGCUGGACUUCGAGGCGGAGGCCGAGAAUCCGCAACAACACGGCAGCAACAAAGGCCUUUUACAGAAUACAUGUGAGGAAGGGAAGUGGGAACGGGAGAAGAUGCUGCGGGAGUCGUUUCCCUCGUUUGCGCCGCAGGUGCUGCUACAGGGGUUUUACAGGAACGAUGUGCUGGUGGAGGUGACACGCACCCGGUGCGUGAAGCGGUUGCGUGACCCCUUCAGCGGCCGCGUUGUGAGGGAGAUGGUCCUGCCAGAGGAGGGCGACAGCCACCGGGAGCCGAAAGCGAAAGUGGUGGGCGUGGUGUCGCGGGAAGUCGAUCUUGUUCGGCCCGCGGACUUUUGCUUUGGGCCCUUUUCAAAAGAGGCGCUGGCGGCCGCACCAGCUCUCUGUAGCGGGACGCUAUUUCCGCCUGCGCACUUCGUGGCGGAGAAAACACCGUUUGAGGUCGAGUGCGAAUUUGGCGGGCACUUCAAACGGCAACUUUCAAAACCGCCCGGCGGUGACGCCACGAGCGAGGAAAAGGAGGAUGGGCCGCUAGAGUGGGAGUUUGAGGCCAUGCCAACGCUGUCCGUGAUGGCGAACGACCCCAACAUCCCGCCCCCAAUGCUCCCCGCACAACGGGAUCUCCUGCAACGCUUAAACGGCGGCGACGCCGAAAACGAGUGCGUGGAAGUGCGGACCAUGAAACAGCUCUUGGACGAGCGCCCGGUGUGGAUUACGCAGGAGCUUCUGGACGCCGUUCUCCAGUCCGGCGUUUGCCCGCGCAGGCACAUCAAUAAGAAGGCCAUGUCCUGCCUGACGUACGUGAUUAAGAACGGCCCAUUUAACCGCUUACGCGUGCGUCUCGGGUUCGAUCCGUACGCCAACCACGCAACUGCCUCACUGCAACGGAUUGCGGUGAAGAUCAAUCGCCGUUCCGAACUGGGCACGCUACUGCGCGACAUCAGCCGCGUCCCACACAUCGCAGAUGUCAUGAGGGAAAUCGAAAAAAAACGCACCGAAGACGCCCAAACCAAGGAAGAUGGAGAUACUAGCCGUCUAGAUUGUUUGCCAUGUCGCCCGAGGGGGUCCUUUUUCGCAAAGCUCAGCGAGGUCAUUAAAGAAGGCCGCCUUUACCUAGCCUUUCAGCUUGUUGACCUGAGCGACGACAUGUUUUUAAGAGAACUGCUGCUGCGACUACCGGCAGCCAUUGGCAUGCCUCUCGAGCAGCGGACUGGCCGAAACGGGUGGAUCGGAGAGGCCGGCUACCAACGUGCCUCCCUUCACAUCGCGGAGGCACUGGCUGACCUCAUAAAAAGCGAGGUGGCACCAGCGCUGGAGGGCUGGCGCAGCGGAGGCGGCAGCAGCACCUCGACAACACUUGCGGGAGACAGUGGCACUGACAGCGACAACGAAGAGGACGAGCAGGACGCAGAGUCAUUCGACAGCGCCGCCUCCGAUGCCGCGACCUCCCUCAGCCAACAAACCUUAUAA